AUGCCCGUGUGUACUGACUGUGGUGGGACGGUCAUCGAGUAUGACCAAGCUGCAGGAAAUGGCUUCUGCGUCCAAUGUGGAACUGUUGUAGAAGAGAAUACAAUUGUGAAUGAGGUUGGAUUUGGAGAGACCGCCAGUGGUGCCGCCAUCGUUCAGGGUUCUUUCGUGGGACAAGGCGCAACCCAUGCUCGAAUGAGUGGUCCGUAUGGGAACAGAGGAAGCAACGAAUCAAGAGAGCAAACGAUUGCCAAUGCCAGCAAAAAGAUCCAAAACAUUGCCAACGUAUUGAAGCUCUCCGAAGUCGUUUGUCUCGCCGCGACCAGAUUGUAUACCCUUGCAGUGGAGCACAAGUUUACGAAAGGACGGAAGAGCAUGAACGUUGUUGCAGUUUGCCUCUACGUUGCUUGUCGGCAGAAGGAAACUCGAAACUACAUGUUGAUAGACUUUUCGGAUCUCCUUCAAGUAAAUGUCUUUGAGCUAGGCCACACCUAUCUCCAACUCGUUCAGACCCUCAAUCUUCGUCUCCCACUUGUUGAUCCAUCUCAUUAUAUCUCCCGUUUCUCAGCCCUCCUCGAAUUCGGUGACGAAACACACCGUGUUGCUACUGAUGCCGUUCGCCUUGUCCAGCGGUUCGACCGAGAUUGGAUGACCCGUGGACGCAGACCUGCCGGAAUAUGCGGUGCAGCAUUACUCCUUGCCGCUCGAAUGAACAACUUCCGCCGUUCGGUGGAAGAGAUUGUGCAGGUAGUCAAAAUUGCAGACACAACACUCAAGAAGCGACUGGACGAGUUCAAAGCUACGCCGAGCGGCGCCUUGACCCUAGCAGAUUUCAGGAACGUCUGGUUGGACGAGGAGAUGGAUCCGCCCGCGUACACGAAGGGAAAGGAGAGAGAAGAAGCACUGAGGCGUGCGGCUGAGGGUGGCGGAGAUGAAGACGCACAAGGAAACAGAAAGGCGAAAAAGGGGAGCAAAAAAAGAAAGGGUAAGCGGAAACGAGGAGAAGAGACGGACGAUGAAGAGGAGCAGCAACUUGAAGCGUCCUCCCAGCUCCCGCCUCGUCAACCGCUCGACCUAUCUAUUCUAUCCGAUAGCAUUUUAGCGGAUGUGAUACCUGCUCCAGAAUCGACUUUAGUGGACAAUAGCAACAUUGAUCCUGCCCUCCUUGAUCAUUCGCUAUCGAUACCGGCUACCCUCGUAUCCCAAAAUUCGUCCAUACCCACUCCUAAUCUCUCUCCACCCGCCAUGACGCUCGUCGAUGAAACGGCCUCCGAAGUACUUACCGAAGAAGUUUCUACGUUUUUGCACAAUACGGUAGGCGAGCGGUUAACUGAAGCCCUUGAUGAAGCCGAGUCACGACGACUGGCGUCUAUUGCUGUGGUAGACGAGCUCAUGGGCCUCAAUGAAGAAGAAUUGGAUAAAUUCAUUUUGUCCGAAGAUGAAGUUAAGAUCAAAGAACGAGUUUGGGUGGAAUUGAAUAAAGAUUAUUUGGAAGCUCUUGCAGGCGAGUUUUCUAUGAUGUUCAAUACAAUGCCUAAUUUUUCGAAAGGUGACCAAGAGGCUUCUGGAACAUCCAGGAGUAGGAAGCGACGCAAGACGAAUAAUAAACCCCGCGAUGCCUCCUCUGCUGCGGGUGACACCGCCGCCGAAUCCGUCCGCAAUCUAAUUAAGAAAAAUCCCAAAUACAGUAAGCGGAUCAACUAUGAGGCGCUUAAAGAUCUCUUCGUGAACAACGGAUCGGCGCCGUCCAUUGCUAAGACUAUGACCACUAGCGAUGACGAGAAGGACGACGCGGAGCUUUAUACCAUGCCAGAUGACGAUUAUGACAAGACAGACGAGGGCGAGAUGAACGUUAUUGUAGAAGAAGAACCUGGAACAGUGGUCCUAAAACCGGCAACAGCGGGUAAAAAGAAGAAGGGUGUCGAGGCGCUGCUGGAGGAGGUGGACGAGGAGGCGAGCGAUGAUGAUAAAGAAGACGAUAUGGAAUAUGAGGAUGCGUAUGAACAGGAGGUUUAG